AAGAACAGUUCUCCGCACCUUCUGGAGGAAUCCAGAGCAAUCUCUCCCCUUCUUCCACCAAAUUCUACAACUUUUCUAGACACAUAAAGCCAGAUUAUCAGUGUCUGUUACCCAUACAAAACAAAGAGAGAGAGAGAGAGAGAGGGAGAGGGAGAGGGAGGAAUUGAUCAAGAAGAGUGAGGGUUAUUGGUGGUCACAGUUGGGAUUUGGGGAGUUUUAAUUAGGGCUCAAGGGAGAUUAUUGGACUAUGGCAGGGUAUGCGUCGAUGAAGAUGAAGAGGAAGGACCUCGAAGAAGUCAACGACGACUUCUCCGACUUUUCCCUCUCCUCUCCCGCCAGAAAAAUACGCAGACUGGAUGCUGAUUUGCCGCCAAUAAUGGAAGAGGAAGAGCCAGAGGUUCUGUUUGGUUUCAAUCCACGACCAAUGGGUGACGAGCAUAUUCCGAGCUACAUGGAGCAAACAGGAGGUUUAGGUUCUUGUCCAAUAAUAGGGGAAUCGUCUACUGUACCCGGAAAUGAAGAGAGGGCACUUGUGCUUUUCAGGCCUAUGAGCACACCUUUGUUGCUUUCUCCUUCAAACUUUUCUGUCUCAGUCAAUUCUGACAUCAUUUCAGGCAUCAAAAGUCAAAUGGUUUGGUCUGCCCAGUCCAAUGGUGUGAAAUCCAAGGAAGAUGAAGCUGAAAGACAGGGUUUUAACACCACAAUCGCAAAUGAGAGCCUAGCAAUUGUUCCAUGGGUUCCUUCACAGGUUCCGUCACCACAAGGAAUAGAAGUUCCUGAAGCAGAGUUGAUGGAGUCUGAUGAUGCGGGAGUCGCCACCAUGGAUAUUGAGGAAACCAAUGUCGUUGCUGAGCCGGGGAAAGAAUGGCAGUUAAGUGGGAUGACCAAUGGUUUCAGUAAUCAGUGGCAACAACAGCAUUGCAUGGUUCCACAGCUUCCCCAAAACACCUCUACUCCAAUUGUGUGGUAUCCAUAGCAAACUAGGUCUAUUCUGAGUACCAUAUCCUUCAACGUUGUACAUCUGUUGUUAUUUGUUUUGACUUUUGAGAUCUCUGCAACUUGCAUAGAGCAAGAUUGGAGAUGUAAUAUUAGAGUUAGGUGAGAAGGUCAGGUGCACGAAAUUUUGGUGCAAAGUGGCUACCAGACGAGCGAGAUUGCUAUUCGCUUGAUAGGUUUGAUUCGGAAGUAAUUUUGGAGGAGCGAAGUGGCCAUAUUAUUCCGUGUUUUUGAGUGAUUGAAAAUUGUUGCUUGUACCAACAAUGUUUUCCUUCUCGAAAUGCGAUGGCGUUGCUAUAUAUUUAUGAA